CAAGGAGAGGGGCUGGCAAACGGAGUUAUCGAGAUGUCCAACGACAGUAUUCAUUGGGAAGCGAGAUAUUUACCUGCAGGACCACCACGUUUGCUAGGAUGGAAUGUUCCCGCUGAAGAAUUAAUUCAUAUACCGGAACAUUGGCUGGUUUAUCCCGAGCCGAACCCUUCUCUUCAUUAUUUAUUGGCCCUUUUAUAUAUCCUUUUUACUUUUCUUGCUUUACUCGGAAAUGGUUUAGUAAUAUGGAUCUUUUGCGCUGCUAAAUCAUUAAGGACUCCUUCAAAUAUGUUUGUUGUGAAUCUGGCAAUUUGUGACUUCUUUAUGAUGAUCAAGACACCUAUUUUUAUAUACAAUUCCUUUAAUACUGGUUUUGCUUUGGGAAACUUAGGAUGUCAAAUAUUUGCAGUUAUUGGUUCUUUAACUGGAAUCGGUGCUGCGAUUACAAAUGCAGCUAUAGCAUACGAUAGAUAUAGUACAAUAGCAAGACCAUUGGAUGGCAAAUUAUCGCGUGGACAAGUAAUUUUAUUUAUCGUAUUAAUCUGGACUUAUACCAUACCAUGGGCACUAAUGCCUGUGAUGGGAGUAUGGGGACGUUUUGUACCAGAAGGCUUUCUUACCAGUUGUUCUUUCGAUUAUCUGACUGACACUAAUGAAAUACGAAUUUUUGUUGCUACUAUAUUUACUUUCUCCUAUUGCAUUCCAAUGAUACUUAUAAUCUAUUACUAUAGUCAAAUUGUCAGUCAUGUCGUAAAUCAUGAGAAAGCACUUCGAGAACAGGCAAAGAAAAUGAACGUCGACAGUUUACGAAGUAAUGCGAAUACAAGUUCUCAAAGUGCUGAAAUUCGUAUAGCAAAGGCUGCCAUCACAAUUUGCUUCUUAUAUGUUCUUUCAUGGACUCCAUAUGGCGUGAUGUCAAUGAUUGGUGCAUUUGGUAAUAAAGCACUUUUAACACCUGGUGUUACAAUGAUACCUGCAUGUACAUGUAAAGCUGUUGCUUGUUUGGAUCCAUAUGUAUAUGCUAUAAGUCAUCCCAAAUAUAGAUUAGAACUACAGAAACGACUACCAUGGCUAGAAUUACAAGAAAAACCAAUAUCUGAUUCGACAAGCACUACAACUGAGACAGUAAAUACACCACCGGCCUCGAGCUAAAUUUUAAUUGAAACUGUUUUUCGAAAACAAAGAAUAGGAUUGUGUUCGGCUUUUGUUCGACUAUUUUAUUUUCAUUCCAUUAAAAAUAUGCAGUUCUUGUAUAGUGAAAAUAAUAAAGCAAUUUUCUGGCAUUAUGUACUUCGAUAAUUUUCCUGAAUGUAAUUUGCAUAUAUAUAAUUAUUUGUAUUAUUAAUAAUUUGCAUGUACAUAAAUAUUAUAUAAAUAUUUACUAUAUAUUUUACUAUAUAUUUUUUCGCAAAAGAAAAUAAAAAUAAUAAACUAAAA